CAUGGCAGGGAAAAGCCUAGAAUUUACUUCACCUACUUUGAGGUAAAAUUUCUCGAGCAGAGCUUUAAUUGCAAGUAGGCCAGUCAUCGGAUCUUCUUCUCUCUUAAGAGCUAAGCAAUAACCAACCCCAUCCAUCUCCCUCUCUCUAUUUCUUGAAUAAACUCUCUCAUCUCUCUUGAAUAAGCUCAUCUGCUCUGUUUCUUUCUUUCUUUCCUUCUCUUUCUAUACAAUAGGUUUAAUCUUUGGAAGGUUCUGAAACGAAACACAGAAUGGCAUCUUCUUCUAGAUCUCAAUCUGGGUUUUGUCCUCUCUCCCCGUGUCCCUCUCUCGGUAACUUCGUCGAACGGAUCAAAGACGCGUGUCGUUUCCUUGUCUCUGCUGUUCUUGGCACAGUUCUCUCGGCGAUUCUGACCUUCUUCUUCGCUCUAGUGGGAACAUUGCUUGGAGCAGUCACAGGAGCCUUGAUAGGCCAAGAAACAGAGAGUGGUUUCAUCCGAGGAGCUGCGGUUGGAGCCAUCUCAGGAGCUGUUUUCUCCAUCGAAGUCUUUGAGUCAUCUCUUGUUCUCUGGAAAUCUAAUGAAUCACGUUUCGGUUGCCUCCUCUACUUGAUUGAUGUCAUUGUUAGUCUUAUAAGUGGUAGACUCGUACGGGAACGCAUAGGUCCAGCUAUGUUAAGCGCGGUUCAAAGUCAGAUGGGAGCUGUGGAUGCAACUUUUGAUGAGCUCUCUAGUAUCUUUGACACCGGUGGCUCAAAAGGAUUAACAGGAGACAUGGUUAAUAAAAUUCCCAAAAUCAAAAUCACUGGCAAAAACAACUUGGAUGCUUCUGGCAACAAAGACUCUUGUUCUGUCUGUCUUCAGGAUUUUCAACUUGGUGAGACUGUAAGAAGCUUGCCACAAUGUCAUCACAUGUUUCACUUGCCUUGCAUAGACAAUUGGCUACUCAGACACGGAUCAUGUCCUAUGUGUAGACGUGAUCUCUAAUCUCUCCCUUUCUUACCAUUUGCACAGUCUCCAUCUCUCUCCUUGACCUUUCUCUUGUUAUAUGUAUGGUCGUGAUCAUGUGGUUAGUCUCUCUCUAUAUGUACAAAGAAAAAAAGAAGUUUUGGAGCUUUGAAAACUAGAAAAACUCAACCAAAUCCAUUUAAUAGAUUGUGUGUUGGUCUCACCAAACUUUUGAA